AUGCAACAAGGUACAACUCAAACACGCGGAAUGAAAUAUUUUCUUUUCAGAAUCAGUCAAAUGAACUUCCUCUUUUUAUUCUCACAAGUUGAAACACGACUUCAUGUCACACAUCACAUACCAAGGAAAUUUCUUUUAUUGAAAAUGGCAACAGUUUUAUCUAGAGACAAAGAUCUCGAAGUGGAAAAAAAGCUAGUUCCACUGCUUGCUUUUAACUCAAUCCCAAACCUGUGGCUGCAGAAGCAUCUGUGGAUAUCUUUAGAGCAUUUAAGAUGUUUGAUUCUCGAGGAGAGUAAAUCAAAGGCCGAUGUCUCACACCUAGGAAUACCCACCUCAUCUUUUUCAAGUGUAGACCUACUACAUGUUGCUACUGGUAAAACGUCUGAGAAUAAACUUUUCACGAAAGUAGGUGAUGAAACGAUUCAAAGUGGGUUAGAACCUUUGAGCAAAUUAAUCUUGACUCCGAUUUUGAAACAAAAGCCUCAGAAGUUAUUCGGACAGAAAAAAAUAGCAGUUAUUUUAUCAGUUUCUAAAAUGGUUUUCCCGUUAUAUUACAGACACUGUUUUAUCGCAGACUGUCUUGAUUACUUUUCUUGGUCUGCUGUUAUACCUUCAGACCAAAUACUUCGCCUUUACAAUGUUCUCCUUCCAGCAACCAUCUGA